AUGCUUCGGAAGAUGGGCAAGGGUAUGAAGAAGGGUGGUCGCUCGAUCAAGGGUUUGUUCAGACCUAAGUCAGUUAUUGGAGUGCCCGCCGCCGAUGGACCGGUUCAGCCUAGCAUGGCUCAAGUGUCGAUGGUGACGGUCGAAGCUGAGAGGCGAAAUGUUAAUGUCAACGCACAUCCCGGCGAACAACCUGCUGGAGGAACCGGUUUCCCUAAGCUGGAGAAGAACUCGAUCGAGACUGCUCGGAAGUCGAUGGAUGGUCGUAACGAUUCCAUGCGCAAGAGCAUCGUCGGCAACGACUCUGAGAGAGCAGAGGUUUUGGCCGCAGUCAAGAAGGGUAUUUUGAAGCGCGCUGGUACUGGCUCGCCUAUUGCUUCUCCUGAUCUUCGCCCUCGCGACGGCGCGAUCUCCACCGAUUCACACAGCCCGGCAUCCAGUAUCCCAACCACACCUAGAGAUGAGCGUGGUUCGCGAAGCAUGUCAUCUACCACCAGUGACUAUUUCAAUAACCGUCUCGGUGUUUCAGCAGCCAAGAGCAUGCCUAACACUCCUCAAGGAGGUUCUCGCAACAUCAGCUUUAGUCCUCGCAUCCAAUUCUAUGAUGCAUGGUCAGCAUCUGACUACGACCGCCGCGGCGACAUUGCAACUUGCAAUCGUCUGACCCCGAUGCUCGCUCAGCAGAUCAAGGAGGAGCUUAACACUUUCAAGAUGGAGAUGGAGGUGCAUGAGCUAUCCAAGCCUCACACGCAUUUUUUCUAA